AUGCUUGCUUUGAGGAGGGUCCCUAUCCUGCGGCUACGCCAUGUUCGAAAUAUGGCGUUGGCCGCAUCACAGGCAACAAGUCGACAAACACGUGCUCCGCUAGUCAGGGAUAACAAUCGAGGCGUCAAAAAAGAAUAUGCCAGUUCUACCAGCAGAACAAAUUCGAUUACAGAACAAGCAUCGAGAUGCUUUAGAAAGCAACAGAGCAGAAACACUUCAGGAAAUAGUUGAUCCAUCGAGUGGCGAGGAAUGGUCUACAGUGAAACGCCGGAAAAGGUUGCUAAGCGGCUGGCUGAUCCUAAAGAAGAUCUAACAUUGCUAUCGGAUCGUCAAUUAUCCGUCCUUCUUUCCACUUUCGGUGAAGGAUGUGAAUCUGUGGGCAGCUUGAGAAGAGCAGCGUUCAUGAGCCAAGCCUUAAAAGCCAUUCGAGACCGAGGAGUUGUGCUUGGCCCACUUGCGAAAAAUGCCAUUCUUUCGGCUCGUAUUGACAAUGGGGAACAAGUUAGUGUAGUGGAGGAACUCAAAGACUGGGAUGCUGCUGGGUUAUCCCCAGACGCCGAAACUUACGGUUACCUUUCGAAAGUUUAUGCGAAUUCAGCAAAUACUCAGGCAAUCGUAGAUAUAAUUAAUCACAUGAAAACAAAUGGUAUGGCUGUGACUGAAACGGUUCUCGAAUCACUCAUCUAUUCCUUAGCCAAGGGAGGUCACUACAAACAGGCUGAAGCAUUUGUGCAGAAGUUCGCCGCAUCCGCAAAUGAGGUACUGCUUCAUACCGCGAUAGCUCGAGCAGCAGUGUCUCGUGGAGACAACUCAAUCGCUGUUAGUACUGUUGCCGCCAUUCCAGUCGGAGCCAAGCCGAACCAGAUCUCGAACAACAAACUCGUCCUGGGGGUUUUGAUUGACAUGCUCGAAGCUGGGGAAGUGGACGCCAUCGAAAAGAUGUCCCCCUAUUUGACGAUGGCUCCAGAAGGGUCGACGCUUGUAGAGUGGCACAUGAAUCCCAAGGUGUUGGCGCGAUGUAAGCGUGCUUGCUACGAAGGUAAACUUGACAUGGCUCUCAAACUUUAUGGGCUGCUGCACCCCAAAUUCCGGAAUAGCAACUUCGAGUUGUCGCUUGCUGAUGCGUUGGGAAAUUGGCUCAGAGAUACUAGUCACGAUAUUGAUAGUAUUUUCGCCAUGGCAGAGUCAAUGGAGAAAUGUGGCAUAGUCAGAGAUCAUGUUCUGUUUCUCCUCGAAAGAUCGAUAAGUACUGCUCGAGCGUAUGAGACGCUUUCUAUUGUGCAGAAAAGAGGAUUAUUGGAAAAAUGCUUGUCAGAAAAGCCAGCUCUGAGGAAAAGCCUCGCACAGAAGCUGAGCGAAAAGCUCACAAACGUGAAGUUGGCAAAGGAAGAGCGCAUUAGGCUCCUCGCCGACCUUGCAACUGUUCUUUUCUCAUAUGAUAGUCAACGAACUGUGCAGGACGUGAUGUCUAUGUAUCCAGUCAUUUAUGUGCUCGGCGGAAAAGAUGUUGACCUUGCUAUUCCUGCUCUCGAAAGUCUCAAAUCUGCCCAUGUUCGUAAAGAAUAUGCAACUGCCUUAGUUCAACAGUUACUUAGGAAAGGUGAUCCACUGGCUGAGGAGAAGCUUGAAAAGUUAUUGGACAGUGGUGCGGUACAGUCACUGAGUAUAAGCCGUGUUCAGAAGCAAAUUGCUGGGUUUGUGGUGAAUCGUGAAAAGAAAGAAGGAGCAGCUGAUGAGCGGCAGUUAGCCCUAGCUGCACGUCUUCUUGCCCUCAAUUUCCCUCCGGAAAACUCUAAAGUAAAGUCGCCGGUCGCAGCGAAAUAUGUUAUCGCACAACUUCAAUCCGAACUUCUUCCAGUCAGUAGAGCUCGUAUGCUAGUCGGUUAUCUUGAGAAAGAGACGCCUCAGCUGAAGAUAUCUCAGGGGAAACUGGAUUACUUCAUUAGACGAGCGACAGAAAACAACAGGCCUGAUGUGCUUCGGGGACUCUUCACCGGUCUUUGCCAGCAAGACCGAGCGUCUACGGUAGCUUUAAAUCGAUUACUCGUGCAGCUCAGUCGAAUGUAUUAUAAAAGCAACGAUUUCGCCCAAUUAGAGAGCUUAGAGGCUGAGAUAGAACGUAUUUCGUUUCCUCUUGAGCAACAGAUGAGAACAGUUUUUGAGAACUUGCAACGGAAGAAAUUGGAAGUCAACGGUAGCAGGAAACCCUAG